GAUUAGGACAGCAGCACAGCUUUCUGUCCCAACUGCCCGGCCGGCCGGCAGAGAGUGUGUCUGCAGCCUUGCUCCUUGGCUCUCGCAUCCACACGCACGCACGCACACGCUCCCGCACAGCUGCGCACACACGCAGAGCCGAUCAGUGAAGGCUGCGCACAGUCUGGUAAUUGUGUUUCUCCCUCCAAGUGGAAAGAAGGACCGAGGAAGACCAGAGAAAGAAGAGAAGAAGAAAGAGGAAACAUAUACAAAACUUUGCUUUGUUUAUUUUUCUUUGUUUAUUGUUUGUUUGUGUUUCUUCGGAGGAGGUUGACAUGACAAUGAUCCGUUAUCGUCGAUGGACUCGGUAGGACGCCCGUUAUCCGAGUGUCUUUUUAUGCACUCUGAACAAGAAAUGAACUUAUCGAAGGGACCACUGGUGAACAGCAGCAGUGAAGAUAACUCCAAGUCAGCUUAUGGUAAAUGUGGCGCUGGCGCCUGGAGGAUGCACCAGAGCUACGAUCCACUAGAGGCCAACCACAUGAGAGACGCACAUGCCCUCUACAACCCCAGGCUUCUCUGCAGAAUGUCCAGUAAGGAGCGCCACCUUGAGUCGAGUUGUCCGUCCUCUUAUAUAAAGACAGAGCCGUCAAGUCCUGCCUCCCUGACUGACAGUCUAAACCAUCACUCCCCUGGUGGCUCCAGUGACGCCUCAGGCUCAUAUUCGUCCACUAUGAAUGGUCAUCCCAACGGCUUAGACUCCCCAAGCCUUUAUGGCUCUGGCGCAGGACCACUGGGACCAGCCGGUGGCCCUGGAUCAAAACGUUACGAGGACUGUUCGUCAACAAUUGGAGAAGAUUCACAAAUUAAGUGCGAGUACAUGUUAAAUUCCAUGCCCAAAAGGUUGUGUCUGGUGUGUGGGGACAUUGCAUCAGGGUACCACUAUGGAGUGGCAUCGUGUGAGGCAUGCAAGGCCUUCUUCAAACGCACCAUUCAAGGCAACAUCGAGUACAGCUGUCCAGCCACCAACGAGUGUGAGAUAACCAAGAGGAGACGCAAGUCAUGCCAGGCUUGCCGCUUCAUGAAGUGUCUGACCGUUGGCAUGCUGAGGGAGGGUAAGGGAAAAGGAGUUCGGCUGGACAGGGUUCGAGGUGGAAGACAAAAAUAUAAACGCCGGAUAGAUGCUGACAACAGCCCCUACCUGAACCCACAGCUGGCUUUACCUCCCAAGAAGCCAUUUGCCUUUGGCUGCCUUGCAGAUAACAAAAUUGUCUCUCACCUGCUGGUGGCUGAGCCAGAGAAGAUUUAUGCCAUGCCUGACCCAACAGUACCAGACAGCGACAUCAAGGCCCUGACUACGCUGUGUGACCUGGCGGACAGAGAGCUGGUGGUCAACAUCGGGUGGGCCAAGCACAUCCCAGGUUUCUCCACACUGUCUUUGGCAGACCAGAUGAGUCUACUGCAGAGUGCAUGGAUGGAGAUCUUGAUCCUGCGUGUUGUGUAUCGCUCGCUGUCAUUUGAAGACAAACUGGUGUAUGCUGAGGAUUACAUAAUGGAUGAGGAUCAGUCUAAACUAGCCGGACUGCUGGACCUAAACAACGCCAUCCUUCAGCUGGUCAAGAAAUACAAAUCCAUGAAGCUAGAGAAAGAGGAAUUUGUCACUUUAAAGGCCAUUGCUUUGGCUAAUUCAGACUCCAUGCAUAUUGAGGAUGUCGAUGCAGUACAGAAACUCCAGGAUGUGCUCCAUGAGGCCCUGCAGGACUAUGAAGCUUCUCAACAUCAGGAGGAUCCCCGCAGGGGGGGCAAGCUGCUCAUGACCCUCCCUCUGCUCCGCCAGACCUCUACUAAGGCUGUACAGCACUUUUACAGCAUCAAGCAGGAUGGCAAAGUCCCAAUGCACAAACUCUUCCUGGAGCUGCUGGAAGCCAAGGUCUGAGGAUGAAAACAAGAUGGAAGGACAGCUAGGCAUCAGUCUGAACCACUUCAGCUUCAUCUCAGAUUUUGAUCUACACUUUUAAAUGACCUCUUGCCCUUUUAAACAGACACGUACACUAUAUACAGAUCCACAAACAUACACACAAAGGAAAAGAACUUUGUUUCUGAGGUCUUCUUGCUGACACGCUCUCCCCCCUUGACUGGAAAAAAACUACCUAGUUGUUUCACCCUGACCCAAAACUCCCAAGUCUUUGACCAAAAGACACUUAUUUGAAUCUGGGAAGAUGCGGACAGUCAUUUACCUGCCCAAAGCCAUGGGGAAGACCAAAUGUCAGAAAAACAAAAAACUCAACAACGGCAGUGACUUCAAACCCCAGUAUUAUAUAAUACAAAAGAAACUAUAUGCUUUGGAUAAGAAUUAGGAUAUUAUUGACAAUUCAACAUGGACGUGUUUGAGAAAAUCAAAAACCUUCAAAUUAAUCUAUGUAAGAUUGUAAGACUGCACUUCUGUUCCCUCUUCCCCUCCUAUAUCCUCAGUUUUUUUUAAGGACGAGAAGAAAACGAGGGGAAAAUUGAACACUUUCGAAGUAUUACUGACAUUUUGUUGUUAAUGUACAGUAAAAGAAUGGAAAGAUGGACAGAGGAAAGAAAGAAUGAAAAGAAUAAGAAGAGAUUUGCCCCGCCAAAGAAGGGAAUGAUCCAUUCAGAGGAUGCUAGUAAACCUAACUGUCUUACUCCGAACAGCUAGUAAUAUUUUGUCUGGUUUUAGGAAAAGCUAACUGGGCGAUAUGUUUGUUGGACCAGGAUGGGAAGCUCCUGCUGGAAGCACUUUCUGGUUUCAUUCAAAAGGGUUGACUAUUUCCCCAGAAUCCCAGCCACAAAACAUGUCAGUAUUAUCACAGUAAAAAGUGUUUGCAAAAUGAUGAAACUUGGAAUGGUUUUAAAAAAAGGACAGCCAGACAGCAGUUUGAUGUUUGCUCAAGUGUGAGAAUGAAUCAUGUAUAAUUCACAGCAAACGUAACAGAAAGACCAGUUUGCUAUUGAAAAUUUUACUCUCUAUCCAUCUAAAGUAAACAUCAUCUUGAGUCUGUGGCUUAUGGUCAGGCUUGUCCAACAGUUUCCAUUGUUUGUGAAAUUAAAUAUUUGGCAAAAACACUUGGAAGCCUGUUUGAAACAUCUUCUACUGCUUAGUUGCUUGGGUGUGCAGCUUUCCACAGAACCAAUUUUAGUCUAUGUGCCAUUUAAAAUAGUCCAUGUUCAUUAAGCGUGCUCCAAAAGCUACAACAUUUCAACUCAGUUUGACCCUCUUUGCCCUGUGAUGUCACCAACUUCAAGUUCUUCUUCCACUUCAGUUCAGAGGAGCUUCCCAAAGCAAAGAAGAGAAAACUGACUGAAAAAACAGUUACUGUUGCUUUAAAACUCUUUUUUUCUUUAUUUCAACUUAAAAAAAACAAUCUUAGCAAUACCAGUAUUAGAGUUGUAAAUAUUUGUCAUCCUGUAUAAGCCACUUUGUUUUCAUCUUCAAAAAACUGAAACCAUACAAACAUCUUCCCUUUUUUCCAUCAGCCUGACCAAUUUCAGCCAUAAUCAUUAAAGUAUUGCAAGUAAUGAUAUAUUAGAAAAACCUUUUAUCUUAUAAACGCUGAGCAAUUGGGGUUUUUGAAGGGAUAGUUUGUGCAUAUCACCUAAGUUUAUGGUAUUAACAUUAUGCGCCACUCUUACAUAUUGCAGAAAUAGGAGGAAGGUUUAGAGAAGGACUUGUUGCUUCUCUUUCUCUCUGUGUCAGUUGUCAUAAGUUACUAGGGAACAAUUAACAAUUUCCUCCAUUAUUAGAGCAAAACGUGGACCAGAAAUAAAGCUACUGGGUUAAAGAUAUCUGGUACAUUGUCCUCUCAAUGGCUUUUCUUUGAAACAAAUAAUAUCUACGGUAGUUAGAUUUAUUCAUUUACGCCAUAGGGCUUUUUUUCUUUCAAGUCUUUUAUUUUUAAAAAUAACUUAAUUAAUUUUAAAUGGAUGGCUGGGGAAACAAAUGUAGACAACUAUUAACCUCAUUAAAUCUACCCCUCACUGUUUAAAAUGGUUGUUCAAGUUUGCAUUUUUGACAGUCCCCAUGGUCUUUUGAAAAACAAAAUAACUCUAAAAUAUUGCUUACUGCGAUACAUCCUUGAAAGAGAUAAUCCGAUUACAAUAACCAAUCUGAGUUUGCAACCAUGCUUUAACUGAAUUUACAGAAUUUUCUAAAAGUGGGGGUCUGUCAUAUAAACAACACGAGUUUCUCAUAAAUCUUGUUUUGAUGCCGACUUAUUUCGCUUGAUUUUUUAAUCAGCUGCAUUAGCCUCCAUAUAAACUGAUCCUCUGAGGUCUUGCAGUAUAGAAAUGUAAGAAGUGACUUUAACUAAUGUAGCUUAACAGUAGCUUUAACCUUCUGAAUGAAGAAGAUCACAACAUUUUAUGACAGCGAUCUUCAAUUGUCUGCAACAGGACUUGUCACAAUCUAGAAAAUAAAGCAGCUGAGCAGACAGGAAGGUGUCUUACCAGGUUUCAUUUACAUAAAAGAUGCAUUUAAUCAAUUGAACAUGAUACAAACUGUGUUGCUAACUGAUGACAGCUUUAAAAAGUAGACUGUUGAAGGUUUAUGUCAUUUUUGGAGUUGAAAAUGAAAGCCAAAACAUGUAAUCUAGAUACUGGUGUAAUCUUAUGUAAAAUGGAACUUGUCACGGCUGAGGAGGGCAGCAGUUACCUGCAGCUGAUCUCUAAUGUUCAGGAUCAAACCAUACAUUUCAUUAGUAAGGGGUAUUUUCUCAGUAUUCUUAACUGCUGUAUAUUGUAAAUUUAAAAAAAAAGAUUUAAUUCUAACAUAAGAAUUUUAUUCUAAACAAAAUCAAGAAAAAUUGAAAAAAAGUAGUCCAGCCCGUGUGUUUCAUGUUUGCUGAUUUGUUGAUCACAGAAAAACCUCUUUUUUCAAAUUAUUUUGAUACAGUUUUCUUCUCUCUUAAUAUCUCCUCCUCUGUUGAGUCCUUUUCUCCUGUGGUGACUCCUAUUUCUGUGCUGUGUGCUUCUUUAAGUGCAGUUGAGUAGAGGCCAUGUUGUCUGUACGUCCAUCAGAUCCGUCUACAGGAUGUCUGGGCACAACAAUCCAAACACGACUAAGGCACUUCUUCUAGAAACCAACAAGAUCAAAUUACUGUAUUCAUCUCAUACCAAACUACGCAUUGCUAAAUAUUUAAGUAUUUAAAUAAAAAACACCUUAACGAGUAUUUCAAAAAAAGGAAUUAUUACCCUUUCCUGUAGAUUAAACAGUAUCCUGUAUAUUUUAAGGUUAAAUGAAUCUAAAUUUGGAAUAAUUCAGAACUGUAGGUGACACUUUUUGUAAACUUGCUGUAUAUAAUAACUGCCUUCCAUACAUCUGGGCUUAAUCAUUACCUUAACUGUUGUGAAAAAAAUAAGACUAUUUCAUUUUUCUGUGGAGUUGAUGGGGAAACAGGUCACUACAUUCAUGCUAUUUUAAAGACCAGAUUGUUUGGAAGUAAAUGCUCAAAUGAAUGUUUAGCUUUGAGGAAUAAAAUAAAGGGAAAUACCCAAAAGGCAUGUGUUUGAAGGUUAAACUUUCUGUGGAAGGGUUUCAGUUGGAACAGUGUAAACAGGUUGAACGGAGGGAUGGCAUUUGUUACAUUUAUUAUUGCCACUGUACGUUGCUGUUCUGCAAAAAAUGUAUUGAAGAAAGGUGCUCUUUUCUUACUGUUUCUUGCUCUCUUUUACUGUUUUAUGUAUUGGGUCAAACCAGCACCUUCUACUCCAAGUGUGUAUCUUCAGUCUGGUCAUGGAAUUGCAAAGCUGAAUUAGGGUGAUUGCAAUGGUUGAAACUGGAAACGAAUCUCAGAGUUGACACUCACAGACUAAGUUCUGCUGGCUGCUUUAGAAGGAGAAUUUGACCUGCUGAUCUAAUACGAUUCUUUGAGUUUUAUUGCAACUUGCUGCAUCUAGCCACACCUCUACUUAGCUGUAAUACUAAAGGCAGAAAAAUUUGUCCACUUCUCUUUCCUUUGUUCAAAAUGAAUAUAUUAAGUUUGGCCUUAUCAUGGAUUGGUGACCUGUGUAUUAUAUACUGUGUCUUUGCUAUUUCCAUCUGGAUAGACAUAACCCUGAACAAGAUGAAAAGGUUGUAUAAAAAUGAAUGGAACAUUUGGAGAAAGAAUAAUUCACAACUAUUUCAACAGUUUCGAUACCAAGAUUCUUUGCAGUCAGUGUAAAAAUACCACAAUUUAUUUUAAGCAAGACCAAUGGAAGAUUGACUAUCUGGUGUUUGGUCAAAGUUUUUGCCAGUGGUUAACUAGUUUGCACUUUCAAGUUAUAGCUCUCAUUUGGAGCUUUGAUCCAUUAAACGGAAACCUUAAAGCAGGAUAGUCCAUCAGUUAAAGCUGUCCCUAAAGCUAAUGAAGUUAAUCCAUCUAUUUACUGCUUUACUGUGUUUACUCAUUUAGUUGUAUUUAAUCCCCAAAUGUAACUGGCACCUGUGCUGCACCAACUCUGCAGUUUGAAUUUACGAACAAUAUUUAGUGGGGGGGAGAAAAGAUUGAUCAAGGAUUUAAAGACCACUGAGUGACGGAGAAGAGCUUUUACUGAGAGAAGACUCUGUAGUGUUAUUGAAAACGUCUGUAGAUUUUAGUUGUGCUUCACAUCAGUAAAUAAAAAAAAAGUAAAAAAAAAAAAAGAAAAACAACUACCUGUAUAUUUUUGUGAUGUGUAUCAUACAAGUGUGCUCCAACAAUAAUGUCCAUUUGUGUAAAUGUAUUUAUUUCACAUUGUAUAUAUUGUUCAAUGCAAAAAGAGAGACCUAUGAUUCUGUAACUUAAACUACUAUGGGUUGAAACAUUACACGUGUUACUCCAGACUAUGCCUUUCAGGAUUAUUACAGUAGAGCAAUAUCAAUUAAAACCAGGCUUCCAGUUUUGAAA